GUUUCUGGUUGGUUACGUCUCAAUUUAACCACUUCCCUCCCGCCUCGUUCCUAUCUCUCCCCCAACGCAAGCUCCUCCUUCAUCGUCCAUCUUCAUCAUCUCCAUCCUCUCCAUCCUCCACAUCCCCUCCAUCAUUAUUUCCAUUUUUAUCAGGGCAUAGGACACUUCUUUUGUGUACUACAGCUCCUUGUACCAGCCAUGAAGUUGUCCACGUCCGCCCUCGUGCUCGGCGCGGCUUCGGCGGUUGCCAACAUGGACCAACAGGUCCUCGGUGGUGACGGUGCCGGUGCCGAUGCCGGUGCCAGCGAUCACUCCUUCGAGUCCAUCAAGCCCGCUGGCGACUCCUGGAUGGACAUGUUUGGCGAAAAGUUCAGCGAGAUCACCGCCGAAGCCAAAGCCGUCUGGGACGAGCUCGCCUUGAUGGCCCCCGAUGCUGUUCAUGCCUUCAAGCAGAACGCAGUCCCAACUAAGCCCAAGCCUCAUAACCGACGCCCCGACUCACACUGGGACCACAUCGUCAAGGGUGCCGACGUACAAAACCUGUGGGUUGAGGAGGACGGCUCAAAGCAUCGUCAGGUUGGCGGCCGGCUCGAGAACUUCAAUCUCCGAGCCAAGAAGGUCGAUCCUUCCAAGCUUGGCGUGGACACCGUCAAGCAAUACAGCGGUUACCUCGAUGACGAAGAGAACGACAAGCAUCUAUUUUACUGGUUCUUCGAGUCCCGGAAUGACCCUGAGAACGACCCCGUCGUCCUCUGGCUGAAUGGUGGCCCUGGCUGCUCGUCCUUGACCGGCCUCUUCCUCGAACUGGGCCCGUCCAGCAUCAAUGACAAGAUUGAAGUCAUCAACAACAAGUGGUCAUGGAAUAACAACGCUUCGGUCAUCUUCCUCGACCAACCCGUGAACGUCGGCUACUCCUACUCGGGCUCCUCCGUCACGAGCACGGUUGCCGCCGGAAAGGACGUCUAUGCCCUUUUGACCCUCUUCUUCCACCAGUUCCCCGAGUAUGCCAAGCAGGAUUUCCACAUCGCCGGCGAGUCUUACGCUGGCCAUUACAUCCCCGCAUUCACCUCGGAGAUCCUCUCCCACAAGGACCGCAACAUCAACCUCAAGAGCGUUCUCAUCGGAAACGGUCUGACCGAUGGUUUGACGCAGUACGCCUAUUAUCGCCCCAUGGCCUGUGGCGACGGUGGCUACCCGGCUGUGCUCACCGAGGGCGAGUGUCAGGCCAUGGACAAUGCUCUUCCCCGCUGCCAGGGCUUGAUCAAGAGCUGCUAUGACUCCGGAAGCGUCUGGUCUUGCGUUCCCGCCAGCAUCUACUGCAACAACGCCCUCAUCGGCCCCUACCAACGCACUGGUCAGAACGUCUACGACAUCCGUGGCAAGUGCGAGGAGGGCGCCGGCAGCCUUUGCUACAGGGCCCUCGGCUAUGUCAGCGACUACCUGAACCAGGACGAUGUCAUUUCCGCCCUGGGUGCCGAGGUGUCGAGCUAUGAGAGCUGUAACUUUGACAUCAACCGCAACUUCCUCUUUGCUGGUGACUGGUUCCAGCCCUUCCACCGCCUCGUGCCCCAGAUCCUCGAGGAGAUCCCCGUCCUGAUCUAUGCCGGCGAUGCCGACUACAUCUGCAACUGGUUGGGCAACCAAGCCUGGACUGAGGCCCUGGAAUGGCCCGGCAAGAAGGGUUUCAAUGAUGCCAACCUUGAGAGCCUGACCGUGGCCAACGGUGACAGUGAGGAGUACGGCAAGGUCAAGUCAAGCGGCAACUUCACCUUCAUGCAGCUCUAUGGUGCGGGCCACAUGGUGCCCAUGGACCAGCCCGAGGCCUCAUCCGACUUCUUCAACCGCUGGCUUGGCGGAGAAUGGGCCGCCUAAUUUCACAGCUGGUCUGUCUGUUCACAGUCCGACCGCGUUGGCUAGAAGCAUUCACCGGAAGACGAGGACAUGCAAGCAUCGAAGAUGGGAAUUGAGGAUAUUGGCGCAUAGAAAUGAUGCAAUCGUGUUUUGAGAAAUGGAAUAGCGUACACCUCG